UAACUGUGUUUACAGGAGGUAAAGCUAGGUGUCGAUACGUGAAAACAUACGGAAUGACGUUCUCGUUCGUAAUUAAGUGAAACUCGAGAAAAAGGAAGCAAAUAAUGGAACGUAAAGAAAAUGCUCAAACGAACGUAGCCUCGAUGGAUACUAUGACUUCGGGGGCAUUUAUAUUUUCCGAACCAAACAUACUUAGUCCACCGAAAACUAUUAAUUUCGAGGUUAAUUCACAGCAGACAUUCGAUGGAUCCGUUAAGAAAAAUGUAUUCACUUUUGCUACACCAACGGCAGUGUCGCAGCCAAACGUUCAAGAUGCACCGAUUUAUCAAUCGAGCAUGUCUGGGAAACAAUAUAAGCCUAAGAUAUCAAGACACUCGUAUAAACCAGCAGUUAACGUAUUUGCCCAGGCACUCAAAGAUACUACUAUGUUUGAACAAUUAAAGAAAAAUUCUAGAUCGCAAGUCGCUAAAAUCAAUGCAGAAAAUUCUAUAACUUGUAAGAACGUGCCUCAAUCGUUGCUUACAAAAACAGCGGCGAAAGAAUAUUUCCAGGUGUUCGGAAAUCUGUUGAAAAUAACCAUUCGUCCUAGGAAACAAAUAAUAACCGUCAACUACGCUACAAAAAAGGAAGCGAACGUAGCUUACAAUAAAAGCGGCGAGUAUUUAGGAAAGAAAUUUAACGUAGAAUGGUCAAAAUUAUGCGUAUCGCCGAAAUCUCCUACGAAGAAAAAAGAUAUGUCGAAACACAUUGUAUCUAAUUUUCUGAAAUCACCCGAUGACGAAAUUAAAUCGGAAUUGGAAGCUAUGAUGAGCAUGGAAUAUAAUCUGCACAAUAAUUAUAAGGGUAAUAUCGACGGAAAUUUGCUCAAAAGGAGCAAAUUACUACAAUCGAAAGGUGUGUCAAAGUCUACGAGCAGAGUGGAGAAAACAUCCGCGAAAUCUGAGAAACUUAAACCGGAGAGUCAAAUAUCAGAUUUAUUACCUAAUGCAACUUUCGAGGAGCUACAAAAUGUAGUACGUCAACCUGCGUAUAGUUCCGAAGAUAAAUACAAAGUGUUAGAAGCGAGAGAUCGACUUAUGAGAAUGAGGCAAACCAAGUCUCACACAUUAUCAGCGGCCAGAUUGAUGAUUGGCAUGUGUCCCGACAUGUGUCCUGAAAAAGAACGUUUAAUGCGUGAGUCUAAUAGGCAGUUAGCAAUAUACGAACAACUCGAAAGCAGUGAAUAUAAAAUAAAUCAUGCGAUAGCAGUAAAACAGUAUUCUAGAUCUUCCGCAGAUCAGGAAGAACCGAUGGCGCAUGAACUGAGACCGGUGAAAUCUUUGAAAAUGACGAUGAGUUAUUUGCUUCACGAAAUAGCAAAUCUUUGCGAUCACCAGGGAACAAAUUUAGGAGAAUGGUAUCACUUUUUAUGGGAUAGAACAAGAGGAAUUCGAAAGGAUAUAACGCAACAAGAAUUAUGUUGCACCGAUAGCGUUGAGCUGGUUGAACAAUGCGCUAGAUUUCAUAUAGUAUGUUCUGAAAGACUGUGUGCCGAAGAGCCGUCUGUUUUCGACAAAAGAAUUAAUUCCGAUAAUUUAACAAAGUCUUUGCAAUCAUUGAAGUAUAUGUACAACGAUUUAAGAAUAAAUGGAAUUAAUUGUAAGAAUGAACCUGAAUUUCGAGCAUAUAUUAUUUUAUUGAAUUUGAACAAUGGCAAUUUCAUGUGGGAUUUGCAAAGACUGCCUAGAAGUAUACAAAAGUCGCCGGAAGUUCGAUUUGCGUUAGAUGUAUAUUUCGCCCUCGAAUCCAACAAUUAUUACAAAUUUUUCAAACUUGUCCGAAAGACCACAUAUUUGAAUGCGUGCAUCCUGCUUAGAUAUUUCAACCAAGUAAGAUUAAAGGCUUUAUCGGUAAUGGUGAAAGCCUAUUGCAGAACUACGUCAACAGCAUAUCCACUGUACGAGUUAAUAGAUAUAUUAGGUUUCGAAGACGAGAACGAAGCUGUUUACUUUUGCGAACAAAUAGGUUUAGGUGCUUCGAAGGAUGAGCUGCAUAUACUACUAAAUCGGCAAAAUUUUACUAUGCCUGUAUUAAAUAUAAAACAAAAUAGAGCUUGUAAUGUAAUAGAAUCUAAAAGAACUAUGCGACACUUGUCCAUUGGAGAAUGUAUAGCAGCGUGUAAGAUGCCAGAACAGACUUAUAAAUACCAUAAACCGCACAACAGUUUCGAUUCGAAUGGCUAUUUAACACCUGAAUCUAUCAAUGCGGAAGAUCAGAGUAAAAAUGUUGUUAGCGAAUUGGACGACCCAUACGAAUAUAUAGACGAAGAUACAGUGCAGACUAAGGAAUCGAUACCAACACCUGAAAAAGAUCAGAAUAAAACUGAAACUACAGUUACUUCUGUGCCUACGAAUGCAUUUAAAUCGGUUACUGAUACUGAAUUUGGUGCGAAUGCCUUUAUACCUAUGAAAUCUGAUACGAAUGUUUCUUUUACCUCUAAGCCUCCGAUAAUUGCCACGCAAUCAAAAUUAGACAAACAGAAAGAUGCAAAGGCGUUUAGUUUUGCAUCUAAACAACAAGAUAUCGUACCAAAUGUAAAUAAGACCAUCGAAUCUUCCACUUCGUGCAGUGUGUUCGAUACUACGUCUACAUCUACAAACGCCUCUAAUAUAUUCUCUAAGCCAUUUGAAUCGCCACAGUACAAUGCUGUUGCUUCGCCAUUUGCAUCGGCUAUGAACAAGAGCAUAUUUUCUGGGGCUGCGCAAGGAAAUAUAUUUAUGAGAAAUGUUACACCCUCCGCAAUAUUUUCUAAUACGUACUCGAACGUGCAACCUGUUUCAAAAUCAUCGAAUGCCACAAAUACUGCAACUAUUACGAGCAACAAUACGAUAAAAGAAAUACCAAGUUCCUUCGCUCGUGUGGAACAAGCACAAACUGAAACUCCGAAAGAAGUGAAACCUGAGAAAUUAAAAUCGGAGGAAGAGGAGUCUGCUAUGAAAAUGCAACAAAUUGACGAGACUGCGAAACAAAUCUCGAAUACCUUGCAAACAGAAAUUGUACAAGAGUAUUGCUCCAAUUUAGUAAAAGAGGAAAUUAAUAGAAUGAAUGUUUAUAACACGUUAUGCAAGGACGUCAGUACUCAGAUUUUAAAUACGGUUACUCACGACGUAUGUAAUAAUAUUUUGCGAGAAGAGAUUGUUAAUUCGCAAAAAUUGCACGAGAUGUCAAUGAGAAUCAAAAAUAGAACAAUUAUAAAGUAUUUCAAUAUAUGGAAGUGUAAUACGUUGAAAAAAAAGCAACAAAGAAAAGCAUUGGAUGGGACACCGGUGUGGUUGCAGAAACGCUCCAGCAGGCAAUGUGCAAAAUUAUUGUAUUCCAAAGAACAAGAUUUAGUUAUUAAAAAUAUGUGUAAAAGGCAAGAAGAACAAAAAUGUACCAAAUCGUAUAUCGAUUCUUUGGCGCCGAUUGAAGUUUUAAUUUCAAUGGGGAUUAGAGAAAAUAUGAAAUCUUCGCGCGUAAAUAUGCAUUCGAAUUAUUACUGGAAAUUAGUUGUUUCUUGGCCAGAUUUACAUAACAAACCAAUAUUAUGGCAUCAUAAAAAAAUAAUGAAUCAGUAUCUUUGCCCUGAUGAUUACACCGCAGAGCCUAUUAUAAAACUGUAUCAAUCGACUCGAGCUGAAGCUUUACAUAUUUGUAUCAGACACUUCGAAGGUCUGAUCAGCGAACAUAAUUUAAUAGGAUCGGAUGCCCUUCUGUUCAUAGCAGCUGCUUCCGAGGAUACCAAAAUUGUAAUAAAACGUUUAACCAAAACUAUAUUGUCGAGAGAUAGACUUAUGCCUAUACCUCUCGUAUUCAUUGUCUUGGGCGAUGUAAAUUUCGAAACUCAAAACAAGAUGGCUGUUUCCAGCUUGGAAGAACUGUUAAAAGCAGGAUACUUAUCAACAUACACGAUUAUGUACGAGAAGGAUUUAACAGAGAAAACGAUCUUAAAUUUAACGCAAAGUGCAAUGCUAUGGUUAUCCAUAAAUAAAUCGCCUCAAAAUCCAUUAGAGAUGGAUUACUUGCAAAACAUUUACGAUACUUGCUUAACAGAAGAAUUGUGGCUGAGGAUAUUAGGCGAUUCGCCCUUCAAUGAGAAAUUAUCACACGCUUUGAAGGAGCCAAAAUUCAUAAUUGAUUUGCAUAACGAAGCAGUCGCUCAUCUUAUAGACAUAAUAUUGGAUCCGGAAUCGUUCAUGUAUACAAAAUUUGCUCCAGAGUUUAAAAACUACAUCAGUAACCAGUACAUGAUGCCCUGUAGCUACGAGUAUUUUGACGAUACUUGGAAAAGGGAGGACUACAAGGCAAAAUUGGAAACAGUGAUGUCUAGUUUUAAAUUGCCCCAAUGGAAAUAUCCAUGGCCAAUAAAUGACAGCAGCGCAUUUAGUGAGAGUAUAACAGAUUACUGUCAAGAAGCAUUAUCCAGUACCGACAGUAAUGAAAUAUCCUACAAUAUAUUAAGCCACUUAUUUUUUACAUCUGGUAUUUCAACUGCAUCGAACUUCAUCGACGUCCUCUUAUAUAUCGUGAAGAGAAAGAUAUUUCUUCUCGACGAGAAUUUGAAAGUGGUUUAUAAUAAGAAUCACAUAAAACACUUUCAAACUUUACCAUGGUGGUUGAAAUCUAACCUAUUAAACGAAUAUAAAAUUGUACAGAGAGCAGUUAAUAUUCAAGAGUACGAGCAGGAAAACGAGAAAGGGAUCGGCGCUAGUGAACCUAUUGUAAAGAAACGAAAAGUAUAUAAAGUCCGAGAAAAUGACUUUGUUCUCGAACCUUUAGCCGAAUUUUGUGAAAAUAGUCAAAGCCAAGUAAUGGAGGUGCAUUAUAUUUCCAAAAAGAUUGAAGACUGUUUAGAGAUACAACGGCAGCGAAGUUCUUUUUUCGAAGAAAAAUUGAAGAAUGCUUUGCUCUGCGAAGGCAAACUUAAUGACUUGGAAAUGUAACAUUUAUUUUCGCCCUGUUGACAUGUUCAUAGUGCCUCAAAGACUAUUGUAUCUUACAGAAAUCUUAGAGUACGAUAUUACAUGAUUUAAGUAACAAGAACACAAUUUUUUAGUAUAAAGACUUUUAAAUCACAAGACUUCCUUAAGUAGGAUGUACAAAAUAGGAUUUUAACCUGUAAUAUUUAUUAUACAUUCAGAAAUCAUGUUACGUUUAUAAUGCAUUUUGUCUAUAGAGUUCCAUUCGCUGUGUUAA